GUGCAAAGACACAUAUUGAAAGCAGAGGACAUAGAGUUAUCAGAGCGAGGGUUCACAGAAAGAGAUACACUUGUAAGUAUUUCAGAUCAAGAGAUAAAUUUGGAGAGUUUGGCUUUUCGACUUUAUAUCGCAGAAGAGAGACAUAUAAAACGAUACAGAACGGAAGUUACAAAGAAAGACAAAGUGCAGAUUUUAAAGAGAGAACAGCGAGUUCCAAGUGGAAGAAAUUUCAAAAAAAGGCAUCAAGAAGGUUGGUAUUUCUAUCAUUUUAAGUACAUAGUGUCUUCCCAUAUCACUCUCGUAUUCUGGAUGCCAGAUGUCGAAUGUUCAUAACUUCAUACACAAAAUGAAUGUUCAGGCCUGCAUACUGGUGGAUACUUAGAGAUCUACCCCACACUGCAGAACCUGCCCGCUCUGAAAGUCUAUAUAUACUUGACACAGCCUUACAGUCCAAAGUACAAAGCGUUUUAUACGAGACAUGAUCAAACACAUUCAAGUUGGUCAACUUCAACUUAAAGUUCGCAUGGCGAUAAGUAAAUUUAAUUUGUUCACAUAAUACUGGAACCUUGUGAAGUAUAUUGAUCCAGUCCUAGAACUGGAUCGAAAUUUAUUCAGUCCUUGGACUGGAUCAAAAUUAAUUCACCUCACUUUGAGUUGUGAUUUAUUCGUAUGAGAUGUCAUUUCAAAUCCUCCAAUAGACCUUUCCCCUUAUAACUAAAAUUUCGAUCUAGACAAAAAUUUCAUCACAGCUUGAAAGAGCAUCACAAAAUUAGUAAUAUUCCAAAGUUUUGUUGCAAAAUCUUGUAAAAUGCGGAUAAUAUAGCCUUGCGAAGUUGGCCGUUUUUCAGUCAUUUUGUAUUACAAACGGGAAAUUGACAUCCGAUUCGGGUGUUGGGGCUGCAAUUUCCCGUUUGUGAUGCAAAAUGACUGAAAAUUGCAAAUUUCGCAAGGCUCUAUUUUCCUCAUUUUACAACAUUUUGUAACAAAACUUUGGAACAUUACUAAUUUUGUGAUGCUCUUUCAAGCUGUGAUGAAAUAUUUGUCUAGACUUGCCUAGAUCAAAAUUUUGGUUAUAAGGGGAAAGGUCUAUUUGGACUGGAGUAGAAAUUUAGUCCAGUCCUCACAGUCGGAUUUGAAAAAUUACUACCAGUAUAUUGCUAGCUCUGUUUGAAUAAAGUUUGUUUGUAUUGAUAUUUUAUCCGAGGCUAAAGUAAAGGAAACCAAACAAGCAAGCGCCAAUAUAACUAAUUUCCUGGCAACCAUACUUAUCGCCCUCCUACACAAUUGUUUAUACGAAGCGAUAAGAAAUUGUUCAUAAAUUAAAGUUGGUCUACUUAGCAUGGUCACAUUAUUAACACAGUGUUAUUUUAUUCAAGGAUAUCGUUACACAAACAGGCCUGUUUAAAUAAUUAAUAAAGUGAUAAAUACCUAGAGAAAUUACACCAAUUCAUUGAAGAGAUUAGGACAUGACACUUGGCAUGUUUAAGCAUCGAUGAUAAUCUAUCAUUUAGUGUACAUGCAGUUACCGACAAAGGCAGCACCGUUCUGGUCUUAUUUAGUAUUCAUUUGAUGCUGUGAAAAGCAAAUAUCUGGUCGACGAGUUCGUCCACUGCUGAAUAAACACGAGAUAAACUAUUGGCACUUGACAGGAAUCAUAUAAUGAAGUUUACAGUUCUGUAACUUAAGUAUAGUCAAAAUGGCCGUGUAGUUCCAUUUCGCCUGAACUGAGAAGACUGAGCCCGUGUUUAAUCCCUGGCAAAGAAUCUUUGUUGUGGAGUGCAUACUCCAGUUGCAACUGAUUCUAGUAAUUUUGUUUCAAAAUAAUUCUGUUUUAGCUUUAAAGAAUCGGAAAUACGUCAAUAUAAUCUUGGCCGGUAUAUUACUGGAAAUCUUUCAAGUUAAAUCUCAAGAAUUGUUCUGGUUACUCAAGGUCAAACUGGAGGACAAAGAUAAGUGA